UCAUAUUUCAAUUCACCGGUGAAGAAAAGACCUUGUGGCAUUAUUGAAGUUACUUUGCAACAUGAAGAAAUAAUUAUUAAAGGCGUUGAACCAAUUUCUCCAAUAAGAUCUCAUCAAAUCGAAGAUUCUGUAGAUAUAUCAAAAGAUUUUUAAAUCUCUAAAACAGAGGAUGCAGAUGAAAGCUACGCCCCCGAAAUCCCCUCAAUGGAUACUUCAGAUCUGAAUGAGUGUGCAAGCCUCUUUCCAGAACUAAAAAAACUCCCGCCUUUAGUUUUUAUACCAAAAAACGAACGUCAAAUUGUAAAUGAAAAAAAGUUUUUAGUUUUUGAAUCUUGUCUAGAUAAUCUUGUACGCAAAGUAAAAUGUCAAUACAGUGAAGAUUGCGAUUACAUGGUUCAAACAUUCCAUAAGAAAAUUGAAGGUAGCUACUGUAAGAUUACAGGAACAUGUUAUCAAGGCCAUUAUUUUACAAUCUUUGAAAGUCAACCCAGAGUUGGUCGAUAUUGUUCGGGAAAUAUUCUUAUAGCGGCUGCAAUCCUGUUUAGUGGACAAAAUUUUGUGAAAACGAAAGAAUUUUUAAAUAUUUUGGGACUUCAAAGCAUCGCUGAAAAAACAUAUUACAGAUAUCAAAGUCUCUUUCUUUUUCCGGCUAUAGACAAGGCUUGGAAAUCAAAUAAAGAGGAAAUGAAAGAUUAUUCUCAAAAUAAACCUUUGUGUAUUGCUGGAGAUGGCCAGUGCGAUAGUCCGGGGCAUAGCGCCAAGUAUUGUGUUUAUACAUUGAUGAAUACCGUGAACGAUAACAUUUUGGACUUUGAAGUAAUUCAAAAAACACAAUGUGCAUCCUCAUUUGCCAUGGAAAAACUUGGUUUCGAAACUGUGAUGGACAGAAUAAUAGCACAAGGAUCAAAAAUAAAAAUAUUUGCCUCUGAUCGUCUUGUCAGUAUACGGAAAAAAAUGCGUACUGACUACUCGAUGAUAAACCAUCAAUUUGAUGUUUGGCACUAUGCUAAAUCACCAAAGAAGAAGCUUAUAAACGCCAGCAAACUAAAGUUCUGCAAGGAAAUAACUCCAUGGGUUGAUAAAAUCGUACUACACUUUUGGUGGUGCAUAAAAACUUUUAACCAUAAUCCUGAGUUAUUAAAAGAAAAAUGGCUCUCUGUACUACAUCACAUCGCGGAUGAACAUGAGUGGGAUGGUAGACUAUACAGUGCUUGUAUGCAUAGUCCGAUUGAAGAACAAAAUAAUGAAGAAAUAUUCUGGCUCUCUAAAGAGAAACCAUCAUAUAAAAAUAUAAUGAAGAUUGUCUCCAAUGACGUUCUAAUAAAGGACUUACAACAUUUGGUACAUAACUGUCAUACUGGUCUUUUGGAAAAUUUCCAUAGUCUGGCUCUAAAGUUCCGGUCAAAACGCAUACAUUUUGGAAUUGAUGCCAUGGAAGCCAGAACAAAACUCGCUGCUCUAUCUCGUAACCACAAUGUGGGAAGACAGCAAGCAGUCGUACAGGUGUCAAGAACCAAUACAGAACCGGUGGGAACUCUUCGUACUCGAGUCGUUCUGCCAAAAGGAAACUCUCGUUGGAUAAUACGAAAUAUAUUUGAAAAAAUUUCUGUAAAGUUUCUGGAAGACAUCAGUGUGGAUGUCCUGAAAAUCUGCAAUCAUUCGCUGUUGUCUGAGUGGGAGUCAAGAGCACCGACCGUCCCGCCCAAUAUUGCAAAUAUAGAGAAACCAAACGAGGACGAAGUUAAAAACAACAAAUCAGCAGAUACAGAGCUACAGCCACACCAACGCUGUGAAAUCAGUAUAAAAGAUCCGUAUUGGUAUCUUUAUUUAAAAAAGAAGUGACAUUAGAUUAUAAUCCUUUAAAAAUUGUUAUUUUUCUAUCUUUUUUUUAUAUUCUAUUAUAAAAAAUAAUGUUUUAAGAUAUAUAAUAAUACUAUAAAAUUUAUUUUGU